CUUUCCCAUUUAAAAGUAACCACCACCAACACUACACAACUGCACUCGUGGGGGGACGAACAAAUAAAAGAGGACGGCGGGCGUCGCGCCAAGCAUACCCGACAACCAACAAGCACCAGCACCGCAUUGGAUCUCCUGUACACAGUGAAGAUUUUGUGCUCACGUCCUGACAUGAAGUUCAAUUUACUCGCUACCACCGUGAUUCUGCUCGUUGCCUUCCUACCGCGCCGCGAAUGUCGGGCCAUUGAGAGCCCCGGUGGAGCCCUGCGCCUCCCGGGUGCGCAAAACUCCCAGCAGGUGGAGCAGCAGCAGCACCAACAGCAACACAGGUCGCCCUCGGGUCCCAUCCUGGAGCGCCUCGGGGAGGAGUAUUUCAUCCGGCUGGGCAACGGCGACUCGAACUCUUUCCCCCCCUCGUCCAUGUACCCCCUCGGAGCCGGUGGGCUCUUGAACCGGGCGCUGCAGCUGCAGCUGAUUCGGAGGCUUUUGCCAGGCAAAGUGGGCAACGUUCGAGGCGGCUUCAGCAAUGACGACGAGGGGGACUCGGUGGAGCGGGGCCGCCGGUCCGAAGACCCGCCCAUCUCCCUGGACCUCACCUUCCACCUACUGCGGGAGAUGAUGGAGCUGUCCAGGGCGGAGCAGCUGGCCCAGCAAGCCCAGAACAACAGAAGAAUGAUGGAGCUUUUCGGGAAGUGAAGACCAAAGACCCUCAAAUCCACCCUUAAAAAAAACUAUUUAUUUUGCUGCUUUUAUCACAUUAUGAUUUACAGCUCAAACUGGAUGUUAAAAUGUGACAAAAAACUUUCUAUCAGAGAAAAAAAGUUGCUUUUUUUCUGUAUAUAUGACAUUAUUGGUUUGUUAAUAAACUGAUGUGCAAGCAGUCAUGUGCAGGAGAUAUCGUAUAUAUUUUCUAAUAAAAAAAAUACUCAAAGCACA